AUGAUUUGUUUGCAACUGUGUAAUUACGACUUGAAAAAGACUUACACUUUAGUGAUGGUGGAUCCUGAUGUUCCACUUCACGGUGAUGGUUACUUCUUCCUCCACUGGCUACACGUCGGCCUCCAGUGUAUAUCUGGGUGUAUAUCUGGAGAGUGUAUAUCUGGAGAGUGUAUAUCUGGAGAGUGUAUAUCUGGAGAGUGUAUAUCUGGAGAGUGUAUAUCUGGAGAGUGUAUAUCUGGAGAGUGUAUAUCUGGAGAGUGUAUAUCUGGAGAGUGUAUAUCUGGAGAGUGUAUAUCAGGAGAGUGUAUAUCUGGAGAGUGUUAUGUUCCUCCCAUGCCACCACCUUUUACUGGCGUCCACAGAUAUAUGUUUUACCUCUUUGAAGAGACAGGCAAGGGGGUAGAUCGUCACGCCAAUAUCAAGCGUUUUCAAUUUAACCUCUAUAAACACGCCAAGCAGCGUGGUCUGUGUGGGCCGGUGGCUCAGGCCAUGUUCAACACCCAGUUCUCUCUGUUUACAGAUGCAUUUCUUAAGAACAUAUUAUUAUAAGAGUGAAGAAUAUAAUUGGUAGACUUACGGACAAUGUGAUAGGUAAGAGGAUACAAUGUGCAAGUAGUGAGACUGCAAUUAUGUUUAGCACUCAAGGUGCUUUGUCAGUCCAAAGAAAAACAUGGUUACAAUGAUAUGGAUCAAUAGUUGUGCCUGUAUCCUCUUAGUUAAUAAGACCAGGAAAGUACUCUUCGUCUUCCAUCAUUUUUUAAUGUCUCUGUAUUCAACUGAUAAAGCCUUCUACGCAGGUGAAAC